GGACGCUUACACGCUUAAAGCGCUUAUAAGCGUUGCUUACGCUGUUCCUUUUGGGGCUGUGAGCGCUUGUAAGAACAUUGAUGACGUCAGCGUAACGUCAUAACUCGUGCUCACAAACGCUUAUUCCAUCGAGGUUAGGGCAGCGAAAGCGUGUCGCAUCGCAUUGUGAAGAAGUUGAUAAAGGAAUUGACUCUCGGGGAAUACUCAUCGUACAAGCUCUUUCGUACGUUUCAAUACAGUUAUAAGUGCCAUACAGAGUUUGUAAGUGCCUGAAAUAUGGACUUCCAAGAGGAACAAUAUAUAAUUGAUGGUGUUAUAUAUAACAUUACGGAAACUCCCCAAAUUCAUCAAAGACUUCGAAGUGAUCCUGAUUUUGCACAACAAUAUAUAUACGGAGCUACCUCUCAAUUACAAUCCUCUGUAGAAACUAAUGAAAAUAAAAGUAUUAAUGAAGAGAUACAGGAUAUUUCCAAUAAUAAUACUAUCGACGAUAAUAAUACUUCCGAUAAUAAUACUAACAAUAAUGAUACUAUCAAAGUACACGAAAAAUUGCACAAUACUUCAAAUGAAGAAAUUGGAGGUUUCAAAUGGCCACACGAAGCUAUUCUAUUAUUGAUUGAAGAAUAUAAUAUAAGACAAAAUGAUUUCGUCAGUGGAAGAAUGUCUCAUAAAAAAGUAUGGGGCGAAAUUGCGGGCGAAAUGAUGAAACAUGGCCAUAAUGUGACAGGAUUACAAU